CCCAAACUUAUCAUACAUCCUGGCCUUUUACUUAUUUUGUAGUGUGACAGUCUGUCUCAAUUCGCUCCUUCAGACUCCUCAAUAGUAGACAAUAUCUCCAGGUCAAACCGCCGCACAUGAUAGCUUCGAAUAGACAGCAUGGAUAUGUACCACUAGCUGAUGGUGCAUCUUUGCCAGAUGACGCGCCCACCACGCCUGGCAUUGACGCGGAGACUGCGACAUUCGAACACACUUGUUCAACGCCCUAUGGCGGCAAACUGACCAUACACCCUGGCGGAGAAGGCUACACAUACGCAUAUGGACCUCAAGGUCUCCGGGGGCUUCUGCACAACAGCUAUACCCUCAAAUGCGCUGUGUUUGCAUCAAUAGGAGGGCUUACCUUUGGUUACGACCAGGGUGUGAUUGCCAACAUCUUGGUCAUGAAAGACUUCACGGAGAAGUGGCGAAUUGGACCUUGGGAGGAGGGACUUAUGACCGCCGUACUCGAGCUGGGUUGUCUCUUCGGAGCACUAUGGUCUGGGGUUUUCGCGGACAGGUUCACGAGGAGAACAUCCAUAGCUGUCGCUUCUCUUAUCUUUUGUGUGGGCUCAGCGAUACAGUGUUGGGCUGGGUCACUUACCAUGCUCGUUGUCGGGCGAGCAAUAGGCGGUCUCGGUGUUGGUGCUUUGAGCAUGCUUUCUCCGUUGUUUAUUGGCGAGAUUUCGACUCCGGAAGUCAGAGGCUCAUUACUCUCCUUGGAGCAGUUCUCCAUUGUUCUAGGAUGUGUGGUUGGAUUCUGGACUGGGUACGGGACCCGUAAUCUGCCAGGCGCGAUAUCUUGGCGUUUGCCUUUAGGGCUUCAGCUCGUCCCGGGUGUUCUUCUCGGACUUGGUGCAUUCACUUUACCCAGCUCACCUCGCCUGCUGGUGUAUCAAGGCAAACGAGACGAGGCGCUAGCUUCCCUUGCGAAACUGCGGCUACGGACUUUAGAAGAGGCUGAGACAGAUCCUCUCCUUCAGAUCGAGCUUCUGGAGAUGCAGGUUGAGGCGACCCUUAUCCAGCAAACGACAGGCGCCGUUGGCAAGAGCUCGAUACGAAACGAAGCGCUAGCAUGGGCGAAGCUGUUCAGCCGUCGGUACAGAAGCCAGACGAUGGUUGGGAUCACUGUCGGUUUCUUUCAGCAAUGGAGUGGUAUCAAUGCUCUGAUUUAUUAUGGCCCACUGUUGAUGCGAAGCUUGGGAUUCGAUGGAGAGAACAUCAACCUCCUCGUGUCUGGUGGAAUCAACAUCGUGCAAUUCAUCGCCGUCUUGCCCACUAUCCUCUAUAUUGAUCGAUUGGGUAGAAAGCCGUUGUUACGGUACGGAAGCGCGGUGACGUGUGCCGCUCACCUCACCAUCAGCAUAUUGGUGUAUCUUUGGGCUGGACAUUGGAACGAGCAUGCAAUGGCUGCUUGGGUUGCCGUCGGGUCUGUCUACGUGUUCACUGUUGCGUAUGGUCUCAGCUUGGGACCUGUAGCAUGGGUCUUGCCUAGCGAAAUAUUCCCGCUAUCUAUGCGAGGAAGAGGUGUGGCGCUCUCCACAGCCUCCGUCUGGUUGAACAAUUUCUUCAUCGGCUUAGUGACACCUGGACUGUUAGAAGUGACUCCCGCAGGAACAUUCGGAGUUUUCGCGUGCGCUUGCUUUGGCGCGUACUUAUGGUCUACCUACGUCGUUCCCGAGACCGCCAAUGCGUCUCUUGAAGAGAUCGCUUUCAGAGCAUCGGACGCUACGGGGGAUGACACAGAACACGAGUUGAAGAAACAGAUUGAGAGAGACCUCGGCCUAUAUGAUCUGAUUCGGCAGUUCGGGUCGGAUUCAGAUGAAGAGGAGAGGUGAUGGUGGGAGGCUAGGAUAUGUAUACGCACCGUGAUGUUGCGAGGAAAGACAGCCGUGCUUGACUAUUGACUGAUAUUCUUACUUUUAUUGUAGCUUACUUUUGCAGAUAUAAUCAUGGUAUAAUCUAAUUCCUGUGGCUUGACGCGCUCAAUGUACGCGUAAUUGGAGUUAUC